AUGCAGAUGUCUGACGCGGAGCGCGCCCAGCUGGCCAAGGAGCUGGGAUACCUCCAGAUCGGUCGGGAGGUGCCCUCCACCUACUCCCUCACCGACAUCGUCAAGUCGAUGCCCGAGGACGUGUUCAAGCUCAACCCCCUGCGCGCGUGGGGCGCGGUGGUGACGUCCAUCGUGGCCAUGGCGGCCUCGCUGUACGCCAUCAGCGUCAGCCCAUGGUACCUCCUGCCCCUCGCCUGGUUCGUCGCCGGCACCGCUUUCACCGGGUUCUUUGUGAUCGGCCACGACUGCGGGCACCGCUCUUUCAGCAGCAACAAGCUCCUGGAGGACAUUGUGGGCACGCUGGCGUUUAUGCCGCUCAUCUUCCCCUUUGAGCCCUGGAGGAUCAAGCACAACCAGCACCACGCGCAGACCAACAAGCUGGUUGAGGACACGGCGUGGCACCCCGUGAUGCCCGAGGAGGUUGAGAAGUGGACCCCCACCCAGAAGAGCAUCUUCAAGCUCUUCCUGGGAACACCUCUCAAGCUCUGGGCAUCGGUCGGCCACUGGUGGAUCUGGCACUUUGACCUGUCGAAGUACACCGAGAAGCAGAAGCCGCGGGUGCUGGUGUCGCUGGCGGCGGUGGCGGCGUUUGCGCUCAUCGCGCUGCCGACGCUCACCUACUUCACCGGGGUCGCAGGGCUGGUCAAGUACUGGCUGAUGCCGUGGCUGGGUUACCACUUCUGGAUGUCGACCUUCACUGUGGUGCACCACACAGCCCCACACAUCCCAUUCAAGCCCGCGGAGGAGUGGAACGCGGCGCAGGCCCAGCUGAGCGGCACUGUUGACUGCGAGUACCCCGGGUGGGUGGAGUUCCUGUGCCACGACAUCAGCGUGCACGUGCCCCACCACGUCAGCAGCAAGAUCCCCUGGUGA